CCUUUCCACAUUUUUCCAAUCCCAUGUGCGGCACUUUCAAGAAGAAGGCUCCAAAGGCCAUAAAGGAAAUCAGGAAGUUUGCCCAAAAGGCCAUGGGAGCAACUGACGUCAGGGUGGAUGUUAAGCUUAACAAGCAUGUCUGGAGCCGUGGGAUUAGGAGUGUGCCAAGAAGAGUUCGUGUCCGCAUUGCCCGUAAGAGAAAUGACGAAGAAGACGCGAAGGAGGAAUUCUUCUCACUAGUCACUGUUGCAGAGAUCCCUCCAGAGGGCUUAAAGGGUUUGGGCACCAAGGUCAUUGAGGAAGAAGACUAAACUAUAGCCUACUUCCCUAGAUCAUGGUUAGGUUGCUCCAAUUUUGGCUACACUUGUUUCAGAGAUUUUUUUUGUUUUGUUUGGCUUUGGAUUUUCUUGGGACCAUCUCCAGUGGAGAGAGAAGCAUUAUGGAAUUUUAUUUGAUCUAUUUAUUCACCCAGUUCAAGUUAUCAGUCUUUCAAUGAGAACUUAUAAAUUGUGUUAUGAUGUGAAACAUAGUUUAUGUUA